AAGCGUGUGUCACUGCACAAUUCUGCCACUGCUCACCCGCGUCGUGUGGCCCUCGAAGCCCAACACGGCAGAGAGAGAGGCGAGGAGAGAAGCGAAGCGCGACACCAACAGUCACCAGCAAAGAGCAAACACGCGAGCGAGAUAAUUAUCGUCUAUCCGCCUCCCCCUGCUCGCCUCCUCCAAGCAGCGCACCAGCGAGCGGCGAGCAGCAGACGGGCACGGAUGGGAAGCGCGGGGGCGCUGCUCUCGCACCCACCGCCGCAGCUUCAGCUCGGCGGCGUCCUCCUCCUCCACAGCCGGCCGCUCCCUCGCCCGCCCAACCUGCCCCUGCUAUCUUUCGCUGCCGCGGCGGCUGAGCCCCAACGCGGCCGGCGACGGCGCCGGCGCCUCCGCUGCGCCGCCGUCGACGGAGGCGGCGGCCCCCAGGGUGCCGGGUCGCCGUCAACCGUGCCGCAGAGGGAGGAGUCUCCGUCCGGCGGCCUCGGCGCCGCCCUCGAGGAACCGCCUCCUGUGGAAAAUGGUUCUUUUGGAGGCCUCACACAGGAAGAAGAACAGAGUGCUCUAUAUAAUUUUCUUUAUCCAAGCAAAGAAUCACUUCCUGAUGAUAAGGAGAUGAGUAUAUUUGAUCAUCUAGAGGAACUUCGUGAGAGGAUAUUCAUCUCAGUUUUGGCUGUUGGAGCUGCAAUACUUGGCUGUUUUGCUUUCUCCAAAGAUUUGAUUCUGCUUCUAGAGGCGCCAGUUAGUGUUCAGGGUGUUCGUUUUUUGCAGCUGUCCCCUGGGGAAUUUUUCUUUACAACAUUAAAGGUCUCUGGUUAUUGUGGCCUUUUACUUGGAAGUCCUAUCAUUUUGUAUGAGAUAAUAGCAUUUGUUCUCCCAGGUUUAACAAGGGAUGAGCGGAAAUUCCUAGGGCCUAUUGUUUUGGGUUCCUCCGUUCUAUUCUACCUUGGCAUUUUCUUCUCCUACAUGGUUCUUAGCCCUGCAGCAUUGAACUUCUUCGUGAACUAUGCAGACGGGGCAGUGGAAUCGCUCUGGUCAAUAGACCAGUACUUCGAAUUCAUACUUGUACUGAUGUUCAGCACAGGACUAUCCUUUCAGAUCAAUAGUCAGAGUUAUCUCUCUGGAUCAGAAUCGAACUCUUGUUCGGUUGCUGGACGGCGCAUAGGAUCAGGAGCUUUGGUUGCCAGACAGCGCACAGGAUCAGGACGGUGUCAGCCUGGACUCCAGCAUGCUCAGCUGGAUAAUAGGGGAUAUUCUAACACCUUGUGAGGCGAAGGGAAAGGAUGUUUCAUUGAAAAUCACAUGUUGGGAUAUGAUGUGUUACCUGAACUAGAAUUGUGGAGAGAAGAAGAUAAUCGUCCUAUAGACUUGAUGUCAAUGUAUAAAGUCGGUCCUCAUGGGCCAAUAUGGACUAGAAUAAUGUGGGCCUAUAUAUACUUAACCCCCUCCCCCUCCCCCAAACUCAUGGUAAACACUUGAGUUUGUGCUUUGGUGAAGAAAUCUGCAACUUGCAACUC